GCUUUGUUUAAACUUACCGCGGGCGUUGAAAUUAGCGCUGAGGCUUCGUGUGCUUUUUCGCUGCUGACAGAUUUCGGAGAGCGUGAAACGAGUGUUUUCAGUGCGAGCACGCGGUCGGUGAUGAUGUUGAUCGCGAGGUUCACGUCUUCCUAACCUUAUAAGGAUAUGAACUUACAUUGGUGAUACACGCCCGCAAGCCCCCUUCGAAUUUGCCGUCAUUUGUGAAACAUGCAACCUCAAAUCAUUCUUCUGAAGGAAGGGACAGACUCGUCGCAGGGCAAGCCUCAGCUGAUUUCCAACAUAAAUGCCUGUCAAACAGUUGCAGAGGCUGUUCGCACAACUCUGGGCCCUCGUGGCAUGGACAAACUGAUCGUUGACCAGAAUGGCAAGGGAACGAUCUCAAAUGACGGUGCUACCAUUUUGAAGCUUCUGGACAUUAUUCAUCCGGCAGCCAAAACUCUAGUCGACAUUGCAAAAUCACAGGAUGCUGAGAUUGGAGACGGUACCACCAGUGUGGUCUUACUCGCUGGAGAAUUCCUGAAACAAGUGAAGCCCUUCAUUGAGGAAGGAGUACACCCACGCAUCAUCAUCAAAUCUUUCAGAAUGUCCAUCAAGUUGGCCAUAGAAAAAAUUAAUGAGCUCAGUAUUAAGAUUGAGAAAUCGAAUCCACAGAAAACUCGCAGCACGCUGGAAGAGUGCGCCGCCACGGCUCUGAACUCCAAACUCAUUCACCAACAGAGAAAGUUCUUCAGCAAGUUGGUCGUCGACGCCGUUCUUAUGUUGGACGACCUUCUGCCCCUCAACAUGAUUGGUAUCAAGAAGGUAGCUGGAGGUGCUCUCGAAGACUCCGAGCUGGUAGCCGGCGUCGCGUUCAAGAAGACGUUCUCCUACGCCGGUUUUGAGAUGCAGCCGAAAUCCUACAAACCUUGCAAAAUCGCUCUGCUGAACAUCGAGCUCGAGCUGAAAGCCGAGCGCGACAACGCCGAGGUCCGCGUAGACAACGUCGCCGAGUACCAGAAGAUCGUCGACGCCGAGUGGCAGAUCCUCUACAACAAACUAGAGAAGAUCUACAAGAGCGGAGCCAACGUAGUCCUGUCUAAGCUGCCAAUUGGUGACGUUGCUACUCAGUACUUUGCCGACCGAGACAUGUUCUGCGCUGGUCGCGUGGUUGAAGAGGAUCUGAGGCGAACGAUGAAGGCCUGCGGCGGAGCCGUCAUUACCACGGCCAACGAUAUCAACGACAGCGUCCUGGGACACUGCGAGAGCUUCGAGGAGAAGCAGAUCGGAGGCGAGCGAUUCAACUUCUUCGCCGGCUGCCCCAACGCCAAGACCUGCACCUUCAUCCUUCGUGGUGGUGCCGAGCAGUUCCUCGAGGAAACCGAGAGGUCCCUGCACGACGCUAUCAUGAUCGUCAGGCGUAUGAUAAAGAACGACGCCGUAGUCGCCGGUGGAGGCGCCAUCGAGAUGGAACUCUCGAGAACUCUGCGCGACUACUCUCGCACGAUCGCUGGAAAGGAGCAGCUGAUAAUAGGCGCUAUCGCCAGGGCUCUGGAGAUCAUUCCACGGCAAUUGUGCGACAAUGCCGGCUUCGACGCGACCAACAUCCUGAACAAGCUGCGACAGAAGCACCACACGGGCAAAUGCUGGUUCGGCGUGGACAUCAACAACGAGGACAUCGCCGACAACUGGGAGAGCUGCGUCUGGGAGCCAGCUGUGGUGAAGAUCAACGCUUUAACCGCAGCUUGCGAGGCCGCCUGUCUCAUUCUCUCGGUCGACGAGACCAUCAAGAGUCCGAAGAGCGGAGGCGGCGAUGCGCCACAGAUGCCCGGUCGCGGCAUGGGAAGACCCAUGUAAUCUGUCACCGCGAAGCCUUACUGUUUACUCUCUAACUGUAUGAAUUUCGCGGAGACUCGCUUUCCGCAAACGCGUGCGUCGUUUUCUUUUUUCUAUACGAUGAGCAUUUGGCUGCCGCGCUGUCGUACUGCAGCCGAAAAUCCCUUGAAACUCCCACAUUUUAUACCGAAUGCAAUCCUAGAGAAAAGCUUUUUUUUAAAUAAGUACACACAGCAGUACGUCAGCGCCGUGGCGCAUCACAAGAAGAAAAAUAAAUAAUUUAUGUCCACACAGCUGAACUCUCUUUCUCUCUCAAUUUAAUUAAGUUUUUGUAUAUCGAAGCAAAAAUCCGCAUGGAGAUAAAUAAAGAAAAAGUUCAAAACCAUA